AUGGCGUCGCAACUACUCCCACUUGAAUUAAUUGAUAAAUGCGUUGGAUCCAAGAUCUGGGUUGUUAUGAAGGGAGAUAGAGAGUUCAGCGGAACUUUGCUUGGAUUCGAUGAUUACGUUAAUAUGGUUCUGGAGGACGUUACAGAAUUUGACUAUACAGGAGCCCAAACUAAGCUUCCUAAGAUCUUGCUAAAUGGAAAUAAUGUUUGCAUGUUAAUUCCCGGCGGUGAGGGUCCAGUGGGCUCUGCAAGCUAG